CGGGCAGUUGGCCAAUCAUGAUUUGCGCAAUACGGGUUUGUAAAUACCAGUGUAUACAGUGGCCACCGCUCGUCCAGCGCAUGUUGUCCCAAUGGGAGCACCUCUCAAGCAGAGUGAUGCGGCGAGGACAGAGGAUCGAGGCCUUCAGGUAAUUCCAGGCUCGCCACCACGUGCCUCCACGGUUCGAAUACCUCGGCAAAACCCAAGUGCAGAGGAGGUACUGGUGCGUGUGCAGGCCGCCGCACUCACGGCAACUGAUGUUGAACUUUGUCGAGGGACUUUGCUGGCUCGAGGGCAGUCUAUUGCGUUUGUGCCAGGGAUUUUCUUCUCUGGCAAGGUUUUGUCUGUGGGCAAGUUGGUGCAUGGCCUUCGCAUCGGCGAGUUGGUUCUGGGCGUUCGUCCGGAGGCGAUUGGAAGGGAGGAUCCAGCAGAGCCUGACGCUAGUGGCGGAUGUUACCGAGAGUGUCUUUGUGUUCAUUUUUCUGCACUGCUACCUUUGGAGGGGUUGGUUGAGGCCAAGUUUGAGCCUACUACGAUUCUUGCACAUGUGCCUCCAAUGGCCAGCGCUCUAAUGUGUGUGGGCUCGCAGCUGAGAUUGCAACCUUCCCAGGCGCUGCUGCUUCUUGCACCACACUUGGAGCAAGCCAUCUUCAUCCUUCAGCGUUUGCUCAUCAGUGAAAGCUGGUUGGGCCCACUGUACUUGGUCUUGCUCUCGGGAUCGCUGAGCCGAGAAGAGUUGCAGCACCAUCCACUUCUUCAGCCACUCAUAGAAGGAUUCGCAGAGAACUUCCUGAAAGACAUGCAUUGUUUCUCAGUGGAGGACUGGACGCAAGGGCCCAAUCGGCACACCUCAACACUUCUACAGGAAAUCGUGUCGGAGGUCCACAGGAAGACUGGAGGUGUUGGGGUUGAUGUGAUCUUGGCUUUGGACUUGGAUUUGGGUCCUGAGGACGGUGGAGAAGCGGCAGACCAGGGCCUGGCCAAGUCGUUUUGUCGAUGGUCCAACCGGUCCAAGUCGUCUUCCUUCGUUGUGCAGGAAAAAGUCUUGGAUGCAACCAGUGACAUGGAUGCCGCGUGUGUUGCUUUGGAACCAGUGCCGCGACAACCCAGCCUCCUUCGCACCCUCGGCCGGGUCUUAGCCUUUGGAGGUCGAUUGGUGACCAGCUCUUCAUCGAUGGAGAUGUCACCGGAGGAUGCCCAACACUUUUGGGCCAAAGAGUGCUCGAUCUCAUUUUUCAACCCGCAUUGCGUGCCUUUGGCGAUGCUCCGGCACGGAGAGCUCUUGCAUGCGGCUGCUGAUGUUUGCGGCCGGAUCGCUGCAGGUGAACUUUGCAUUGUGGAUUCCGCAGUGGCCCAGUUUUACCUCUUCGAUCAGUUCCAGCAAGCUUUAGAUGCUGCAAGCCACCAGCAAGGAGUUCGAAAGUACAGCGGCGAAGCCUCAGGUGCGCAGCUUGUGGCCCUGCUGCUUUAGAAUGUGAGAGCCUUUUCCCAAUUGUAUCCAAUUGUGGUGCCAAAGUAGUGCCCUAAACAACUCGGCAUGCUGUCCAAGAGUGUAGUGAGCAGCAAAUGUGUACGAUGCAAAGACGCUAUACUAUAUACAUCUAUAUACUGUAUGUGGUGUGGUUGGCCUAAUGAAGCAAAGUUCCGCCAGCGUAGCAAUGGAUAAUCGGAUACUGUAUCAAACAUUGCAAAAACCAACUUGUCUCUUCUCGUGGCUGCAGCUCCAUGUAGACAAGGCAUGAGCAUGUAUGAAUAAAAGA